AUAACGAACACUUCGAAUAAGUAAAAGCACUCAGAGCAAAAAAAAAUUUAAAAAUUUAAUUUUUUUUUGAAACUUUGUUCUUUUUCUUUUAAUUGGAAUCCUAAAGGGUGGUUCUGUUUUUCGAUUCUUGCAAACGUCUUGGCCUUUUAUCCAAUCCCCACAUGUUUGCUUCAGAUUCUGGUUUAUGGUGAAGAUUGGGUGAUUUAUGAAAAUGUGUCUGGACUUAGAGGUUAAGAACAAGUCAGAGAAUAUACGUGCCCCUUCAUGUUCAGGACAAAGGGUUCUGGAGCCUAGGAAAAACUACAUGGGUGAUGCUGCUUGUGGCAUGAAAACGUUGAAAAUGGAACAAGUUCCUUUGUCUGGUCGAAAUGAGGAUGAAGAGGUUGAUAUCAUUGGGUGCACAAAUUCUGGCAAAGCUUUGGUGGUGGAAGAUUCUUGUGAGGAUGUCACUGAGGGUUCCAGCUCUUUUGGUGAUACAGGAUCUGGCUCAGAGAAUGCCUCAUAUUUCAGUGAUGCUGAAGUUGAAUCACGAAUGCGUGCUGACAAUGCAUCCUCAUCCAUGUGUGACGACGAUUGGUCUGAAUUAAUUCGACCAAGAAAGAAAAAGGUGACAGUUCAUUGGAGGAGUUUCAUACGCCCAAUUAUGUGGCACUGUAAGUGGAUUGAAUUGCAACUGAGGCAACUUCAAUCUCAAGCACUUAAAUAUGAGAAAGAGCUUGCGGCAUAUAAUUAUAGAAAGCAGCUUGAUUUUUCACACCUAACAUUGGACGACUCUGGUAUCAAAUCAAUGCCUAUAUCUGGUCGAAUGCACAGAAAUAAAGUUAUGAGGAGGACAAGAAGGAAAAGAGUUGAAGAGAAGUGUGAUUUAGCAUCAUACAUGUCUAAGCAUAGCUUAUUCUCUCAUGAGAAAACAGAUUCUAGUGUUGAUGCUUGUUCAAAAUAUUUCCCGGGUGUUGCUAUAGGAGAUAACAAGGAUAUUAAUGAGGAGUUCAAGUGGAAUUUUACGUCGUCUUCUGUAGACUAUGAAAAUGAUAAUAAAUCCUUUGAUUACAUCUUGAAAAAGAUUGAAGCAGCAAAGUCACAACUUAACAAAUUGAAAACUCGACUUGACAAUGUUGUUAGUGAAAAUCCUGGAAAUUUUUGUUCUGUAACUCAAUUGAACAUGGGAGAUCAACAUCAAUCUGAGUUUCACAUGAGAGAUCAACUUAUGUCAGUAAAUGCAUCAUCAAGUCAUCAAGGGAUAAUAGUUACCAGAGAAACCACUGACAGGCCUGAGUUUGAUGAUCCAUGGGAAGAUACCAAGGAUGGUGUUAUACGAUAUCAAGCAGCUAUGAAAGAGGUGCAUGGUUUUGAGAAUAUUGGAAAUCAGGCAGUUGAAGGGAAUAAAUCCAUUUCCCAGGUUCAAGUUUCAGAACCUGACUUGGCCACUGAGAAUAAUGUGCCUAAUUUUCUUUCUACUCUGAAAUCAUGUCCUACAUUGAAGUCAUAUGUCCCUAGGAACAAAAGGAAUGGAAGGAAGAAAUCUGGCUCUAAGGGUGGGAGCAUAUGGUUAAGAUGAAUCCAAUUAGAAUGAUUAACACAGCUGAAGGUAUUGAGAAUUUCUCAAACAUGCUGCAAUCUGCUUCUAUCGUAAUUUGUAAAUGCUGUUUGUGUUUUACACUCUUCUACACAACAAGGAAUUAGUUCAAUUGCACAUGGUGUGAAUAUUAUAGCGUGCUCUAUUCUUUAAGGGAAGCUUUUUUUUGUAAAUUUUUGGAAUACUAUUUCUUGAUUUAGGUUGGAAUUGUUAAAUCAGCAAUCGA